AUGCUCGAGGGGGAGAGUUACAGCGCAGUUUACCUCAGGCGACACCUCCAGAGCCCGUCAACCCCAGAAGCGGAGCACCUAUCAUCCUCGGAUGCUUCGGAUAUGCCCUCUGAAGGGGAACUAGCCGAUUCUGAUUGGGAUAUGGACUCGGCCUUGCCUUCAAAGCUGGCUUCUGCCGUGGGCCAUCUUAUUAACAAUAUCCGUGAUACCUUUAAGAUUCACGAUGACCCUCCUAAUUCUGAAAAGACCAGUGUUUCCUUUUUUCGCCAAAAACAGGCGUCUGCGGUUUUUCCCCUCCACGCUGACUUCUCGUCGGUGGUUUCUAAGGCCUGGGCCCGUCCUGAUGCCCAUGGUUCUUCCUUACAAUCCACUGAAGAUCGCCGGAUAGAGGCCAUUACAAAGGGUAUCUUUGCAGCCUCCGGUUCCGCCCUCAGGCCGGUCUUUGCCUCCGCUUGGGCUGGAAAAGCGGUUGCAGAAUGGGCGUCUCAGCUGGAUCAGGAGCUUGAAUCCGACGUCCCUAUUCAGGACCUCCGGGCUCUGGCCCAACUUAUCGUUCAAGGCGGAAAAUUUGUCUGUGAGGCAUCCCUGGAUGCGGGGGCUCUCAUAGCCCGUUCAUCUGCCCUGGCCGUUUCGGCUAGAAGGGAGCUUUGGUUAAAGGUUUGGACGGCGGACGCCACGUCAAAGCGGUCUCUUACUGGCCUUCCCUUCACUGGUUCUCGAUUGUUCGGGACCCGCUUGGAUGAAAUCAUCUCUGAAGCCACGGGAGGGAAGAGUACACAUCUUCCCCAAUCCAGGACUAGGAGCACCACUGGAGGCCGUCCCACCUUUUCUCGCUUCAGGUCUUCCCGCAGGGCUCCCACACCUCGCACCACUUCAGGUCCAUCCUCUAACCCUGUCCAAGACAGACGUGUCCACAUGGCAUUUAUCCAGAGUCCUGACUUUUUCCACUGCAUAGAAGAGCACCGAGCAUCCCUGCUAAAAGCCAUACAGAGAAGUGAAAGGCAAAAUCCAGAAGUAAAGGAGGUAAAACAGGAACCUAUUACUAGUUCUCAGGUUGUUGCUGGAAUUGAUAAGAUCGUCCAUGAGGUUUUGGAAAGUCUUUCUAAAGAUGAAGCCCCAGUUCUGACAGUGGAAAACAGAUCAAACUGGACCAACAUUGAGUUUACUGAUUCAGUUGGAUUGCAAAUGGCAAAGAAUUGCACAUCUCGGAAAGUGAGAAGCAACCGCCCCAAGUCUGCACAACGGUUUGCUCUGACCAUGAAAAUCUUGUCUGUGAUCUAUAAACUGGUGCAGACCAAUACCUACGCCACCAAGAGGGACAUUUUUUAUGAAAAUGUUCAGCUUUAUGGUAACCAGACUACAGUGGACAGUAUAGUGACGGAUAUUUCCUGUAUGUUGAAGGUCCCAAGAAGAAGCUUACACAUCCUUUCCACAUCCAAGGGCUGUGUGGCCGGCAACCUCCUAUAUAUAGAGCAAGAUGGGACUAAAGUGGACUGCAGCUUUAAUACCUCGGGAGUCUUGGUGCCAUCAAACGUUGAAGGAGUCACAAACUUGAGAACCGCCGCACGCUUUGUCCUCAUUAUUGAAAAAGAUGCUACGUUCCAAAGACUUCUUGACGAUGACUUUUGUGGAAAGUGCGGUCCGUGCAUACUUAUUACGGGUAAAGGAGUCCCAGAUCUGAACACCAGACUGUUCGUACGAAAGUUGUGGGACACUUUCCAGAUCCCUAUAUUCACCUUGGUUGAUGCUGAUCCUCACGGGAUAGAGAUUAUGUGUAUCUACAAAUACGGCUCAUUGUCAAUGUCGUUUGAGGCUCAUAAUUUAACAGUCCCGUCCACCGCUUGGCUCGGCCUGCUGCCGUCUGACAUAGAGAGGUUACACGUCCCUGCAGAGGCGCUGAUACCAUUAUCUACCCUGGACCAAAGAAAGCUGCAGAGUUUACAGAAGAGGCCUUAUGUUUCCUGCCAGCCUCUGUGGAAGCAAGAGCUGGAGAUUAUGAGUUCGAGGAAAAUGAAAGCAGAAAUCCAAGUGCUGACUUCGCUCUCCCCUACAUUUCUUACUAGUAUUUACUUACCCAACAAGCUGGAGUAUGGAGGAUGGAUCUGA